ACGCUGGUCCAUCCUUGACGUCGAUUGGUUCCUUCCAGUAUCGCAGGCAGCCGAGUUGUGCUUCAGAAUCGUUGACAGAACAAGAAACAAGUAACAAGUCAAGCCAAAGAGAAAUACAGGAGACCUUCUCUUCCUUAUUAUUUUGAUACAAUUACAAACAAUGACUCAGUGGCACCAGCUACAGAUGCUGGACUCCAAGUACCUGGAGCAGGUGGACCAGCUGUACGAUGACUCAUUCCCCAUGGACAUCAGAGAUUACCUGAGCAAAUGGAUUGAAAGCAUCGACUGGGACUUGGUAGCAGGCCAAGAAUCGUUAGCUGUGGUCCGCUUUCACGAACUCUUGGCCCAGCUGGAUGACCAGCACAGCCGCUUUGCACUGGAGAACAACUUCUUGCAGCAACACAACUGCCGCAAGAUCAAGCGGAACCUGCAGGAUAGAUUCCAGGACGACCCGUUGCACAUGGCCAUGAUCAUCUCGAAGAACCUGAAGGACGAGCGUAUGAUCCUUGCUUGCGCAAAGAGCACCAUGGAAGUUGAGGGAACAUUGUCAGCGAUGGUGGUGGAGAAACAGAAGCUGGGCAGCAAAGUGAAGGAGAUGAGGGACAGAGCUCUGGUGGCAGAUCAAACCAUCAAAAACUUGGAAGAUCAGCAGGAUGAGUACGACUUCAAGUUCAACACACUGAGGAACAGAGAGAACGAACUGAAUGAUAUGAUGCCAAAGGAACUGGAGAGAGAGAAGAUGAUCAUCAGUAGGAUGUGCUUGGAUCUGAAAACAAAACGUCAGGAUGUGGUGCUCCAGCUGACCGACCUCCUGAAUGUCACUCAAGCGUUAGUGUCCGACCUGAUCGGUGAGGAGCUGCCCGAGUGGAAGCAGCGGCAACAGAUUGCCUGUAUUGGCGGGCCGCCCAACGCCUGCCUGGAUCAGCUGCAGAACUGGUUCACCACAGUCGCAGAGACUCUUCAACAGUUUCGGCAGCAUCUGAAGAAGCUGCUCGAAUUGGAGCAGAAGUUCACGUAUGAAAGCGACCCCAUCACCCAAAAGAAAGACUUCCUUGAGGCCCGGGCCUUGGAGCUGCUCAAGAACCUUCUCUCCAACGCUUUGGUUGUGGAGAGGCAGCCCUGCAUGCCCACCCACCCUCAGAGGCCACUGGUGCUGAAAACAGCCAUACAGUUCACGGUAAAACUGCGGUUCCUGGUGAAGCUGCCCGAGUUUAACUACCAGCUCAAAGUCAAGGCGGUGUUUGACAAGGAUGUGGCAGACAAGAAAGGAUUCCGAAGGUUCAACAUCUUGGGAACGAACACCAAAGUCAUGAACAUGGAAGAGUCUAAUGGCAGUUUGGCCGCAGAGUUCAGACAUCUGCAAUUAAAAGAGCAGAAAUUAACAGGAAACCGAAAUAGUGAGGGUCCUCUGAUCGUCACAAAGGAGCUUCACUCGCUGAGCUUUGAGUCAGAACUGCAGCUCAGCCAGUCUGGAACUAAAAUAAAGCUGGAGGCUCUGUCUCUGCCAGUGGUGGUGAUUUCCAAUGUGUGCCAGCUGCCCAGCGGCUGGGCCUCCAUUCUGUGGUACAACAUGCUGACCAGUGAACCCAAGAAUCUGCAGUUCUUCCUGUCACCCCCGGCAGCCAAGUGGUCUCAGCUCUCCGAGGUCCUCGGCUGGCAGUUCUCCUCUGUCACCAAGCGAGGCCUGAGCCAGGAGCAGCUCAACAUGCUGGCUGACAAGCUGCUGGGUCCCAAAGCUCAGAGGAACCCAGAUGGGCUAAUUCCUUGGAGCAGGUUCUGCAAGACACAAAAUGCCAGUGACAAGGUUUUUCCCUUCUGGUUAUGGAUUGAAGGCAUCCUGGAUUUGAUCAGAAGACACCUGCUUUUCCUCUGGAACGACGGCUUCAUCAUGGGCUUCAUCAGUAAAGAGCGCGAAAAGGCUCUGCUGAGUGACAAGUGCCCAGGCACCUUCUUGCUCAGGUUCAGUGAGAGCAGCAAGGAAGGAGCAAUUACGUUCACAUGGGUCGAACAUGACAUGCACGACAAGCCCAACUUCCACUCAGUGGAGCCGUACACAAAGAAAGAGCUGAGUGCCGUCUCACUGCCCGACAUCAUCCGCACCUACAAAGUGAUGGCGACCGACGACAUCCCUGAUAACCCACUCCGCUUCCUCUACCCUGACAUCCCAAAAGACAUAGCAUUCAAGAAGUACUACAACAAAAACUCAGAUUGUCCAGAGCCCAUGGACGUGGAGAACACAGAGAAGAGUGGCUACAUGAAAACUGAGCUCAUAUCCGUCUCCGAAGUACAUCCGGCCCGGCUGCAAGAGAAAAUGAUGCCCAUGUCGCCGGACGUCUACAGGUUUUUGGAGCAGUCGGUGAGGCCCGCGGACCUCAAUGCGAUGACGGCAGACUUCGAGGGUCAAAACUGAGCUGCUCUGUCACGAUUUGUCUAGUCAAAGAACUUUUUCUUGAGGUCCAGGUGUAAAUACGAAAGAGUGGAGCGUUUGUGCAAACGAGAGAAAAUGUGUAUAAAAGUAGCUAGCCAAAAAAAUCACCCAAACUGUUGAACCUAUGUAGCAAUUAAUGGAAUGUAACAAUGCAUCAUUACAUAUUAUUUAAAUGUAAUAACUAUUCUUAAGAAAAAUAUGUCACAAGUGGUGUAGAAGUACGCUCACCAGGUUGUUCCCACUCUUUGAGCAACGUGACUGGAGUGUGAAUUGUUGGCUGCUUGACUGCUCAGUCCAGGGUGUCCCUAUUCUGCCUUUUGCCCAAAGUUCAGCUGAGUAAGGCUCCACCACACCUGUGAACCUGAAGAGGAUAAGCAGGAGGGGGGAUUCUUCACUGAUUCUGAAGCGUGUGUUCCUGAAUAAAACAAGGUGGGGAACAAUGAAAUCAGAGAUUUUCUUUUUCUUUUCCUUUCUUACCUUCCCACCCAGUGUACAAAGCAUUUUCCAUUGGAAUGAAUCCUCCUCCAUUCUAAACAUGCUUUCAUGCAAUCUUGGAAUCUCUUGCAAUCGUUUUCAGCUUCGUAGUCACACUUUCAAAACGGGUCCCCUUGAUCACCCUUUUGAUCUUGGGAAAGGAAAAAAAAAUCACAUGAGGUCAGAUUGGAUAAAAUGGCAGGUUGCUCCAACACAGCCAGGAACUGUCAGAUGCUUAGGGCAUUGCAAGAAUGCGUGAGUGGUCCCCAUUUUGUCCUCCCCCACCCCAAAAAAACAAUCCUUAACAGUGGGUGUGGAGCAACAUUUUCUCAAUAAUAUAGGUCUAGGAUCACCACUGGUUAAGUGAGUGUUGUACUGUAUUUGCAUUUCCGUCCUGGAGUGGAAUUUAAAAAAGGGUGAGGAAGGAUUUCCUCAGUCUGUCAGUUGAACAGAGCAGAGCAGUGAAAGCAGCCUGUCAGUGAUGCUGUUCGCCAGGGGAUGCUGUGGGAUUGUCAAUAAAGGACAAUUUGUUCAGUGUCCUCCUCUCUGCUACAUGUCCGCUUGCUUUCCUUCUCACU